AUGAGUGCCCGGCUACCAAUCCAAACCUGCCGUUCAUCUAAAAGUGUCUUUCGACAACUACCACACUCCUCUCCAAGAUGCCGACACUCGCUCCGAUCUCAAUUUCUCUCAAAAUGGACACCCCUCCAUAGACAAACACGAUCAUAUUCAACCCCGCCAACAUCACAACCCAACACCAAUAGUCUUAAUGCUACUCCUGAAACUUCACCUCCAUUAAUACCUCAAAAUCGCGAUCUGCGAUCUCAAUUCUCCUCUCAACCAGUUGCGCCAGCAUCUCCACCUCCAUCUCCUAGAAAAACACGAUCCCUCCGUCCCACAAUAUAUGCCUCUAUCUUCCUCCUCAUCGGACUCACAGCCGGGCAAUAUGUCUCACUUGUCCUCUCCCCCCCUCCACUUCCCGAGCCCUCUUCUCCCCCCGACGAACUCAUGACCUCCUGGCUACACGCCCAAGCCUCCAAGAUACCCCUCGUACAAUCACUCACCGAGGACCCCAUCUGGCAAUCAUGGGAUGCCUAUUCCACAUUCACACCCGAAGAACGACCCCACCGGCUUACAACUGGUCCAUUGGGGGGAUCUCGGGGUCUGGGCGGGUAUCAACGGGUAUUCUAUAACUCUGCCACGGGAGAAUUCAUCACGGUUGUAUAUUUGGGGGGAGCGUUGCAAGGGUGGCCCGGGGUUGUGCAUGGAGGGCUCAUAGCGACGAUUAUGGAUGAGUCGUUAGGAAGAUGUGCCAUUAGACAAUUGGCAGCGGGAACGGGAGUGACAGCACAACUGGAACUGCGAUAUUUGAAGCCGAGUGUUACCAAUGCGUUUUAUGUGGUUAGGGCUAUGCCGGUUGUGGGAGAGGGGGCAGGUGGGGAGAGAAAGAGAUGGGUAGAGGGACGUUUGGAGACAUUGGAAGGAAGGGUUUGUGUGGAAGCAAAGGGGUUGUUUGUUGUCCCAAAGAAUUACGAAACGAGGGUAAUUACAGGAGGUUUUUGA